UUAUAGUAGAUUAAAACGAAUGGGACUGUGGGAACGUUACAUUUGAAAACCUAGGUGGAUCUGUGGGCAGAGGAAGUGAUACCAACUUAUCGAUAUUGAGGCCAUUUUAUUACCAGCCAGUGACCAGUGCAGUGGUUUAAUAACUUUUUAAUAAUUAACCAGUGACUUGCGCAUUUUUUGUAUUCUUAGUAGCCAGUGUUUUUUUUAAAUAUAAUCCGUCAAGUGUGUUUUGUUUUUCUGUUCGUUUGAAUGUUUCGUGAUGUAUUCUCGGACUUUAUGGAUUUUGUUACUGGUGAUGUGUAUUGACGCGAUAAAGGUUGGAGAUCCUGGAGUUUGUGAAGUGGAAUACGAUGUAUCCGGAACGAGGUCGGAAGAGACAGAAACGGAGCUAGUAUGCUGCGAUUUGUACAAUUGGGACGACGAUACAGAAGCCUGCGUACCAGACUGCGAACACGGAUGCGUAAAUGGAACAUGUGUCGCUCCGAAUCAGUGCGUGUGCGCACCACCGAUGAUCCUGCACAACAGCACCACCCCUAACACCUGCUUACACCCCGUCUGUGACCAACCUUGUAUUAACGGAAAAUGUACAGCCAACAACCAAUGUACUUGCAAUAAAGGCUUCACACCAAUAGAUUUACACACCUGUGUUCCCCUGUGUACCAACUGUACUAACGGUGAUUGCGUAAGUCCGAAUGUCUGCAACUGUCAUAGAGGGUACACUAAGAAAGCUGGUCAAUGUACGCCUCAGUGCAAAAGUGAUUGUAGAAAUGGAUACUGCUCGGAACCUGAUAAAUGCACUUGUAAUGAUGGAUACUUUUUAAAAGGUGAUAAAUGCGAGCCUAUUUGUGAGACAUCUUGCAAAAAUGGCGAAUGUGUAGCACCGAACACUUGUGAAUGUAAACUGGGAUAUAAACCAAAGAACGGAUAUAAAGAAAUAUGCAUACCUAAAUGCAGUAGCGAUUGUAAUAAUGGAUACUGCUCCGGACCUGAUAAAUGUACUUGUAAUGAUGGAUACGAAUUACGAGGUAACGAAUGUCAGCCAGUUUGUAAAAAACCUUGCCAAAAUGGCGACUGUGUAGAACCCAACAAGUGUAAAUGCAAAGAAGGAUAUGAACCUCAAAAUGGACAUAAAGAAAUAUGUAUACCUAAAUGCAGUAGCGAUUGUAACAAUGGACAUUGCUCAGAACCUGGUAAAUGCGCUUGUAAUGAAGGAUACGAAUUACAAAAUAAUAAAUGUCAGCCUGUUUGUGAAAAACCUUGCCAACAUGGCGACUGUAUAGAACCCAACAAGUGUAAAUGCAAAGAAGGAUAUGAACCUAAAAAUGGACAUAAAGAAAUAUGUAUACCUAAAUGCAGUAGCGAUUGUAAACAUGGAUAUUGCUCAGAACCUGGUAAAUGCACUUGUAAUAAUGGAUACGAAUUACGGGGUACUAAAUGUCAGCCUGUUUGUAAGAAACCUUGCCAAAAUGGCAUCUGUACAGCACCGAACAUUUGUGAAUGUAAAAAAGGAUAUGAACCUAAGAAUAGACAUAAAGAAAUAUGCAUACCUAAAUGUAGUAGUGAUUGUAGCCAUGGAUAUUGCUCAGAACCUGGUAAAUGCACUUGUAAUGACGGGUACAAAUUAAAUAACAAUAAAUGUGAGCCAGUUUGUAAAGAACCGUGCAAGAAUGGAAAUUGUGUAGCGCCAGAUACAUGCAAAUGUUUGAAUGGAUUUGAGAAAGCCGGAGAUACCUGCUCGCCUAAAUGUGAUUUGUGUACUAACGGAGUUUGCAAAGCACCUAAUAAAUGUGAAUGCAACGAAGGUUACAAUCAUACAGAUAAAGGUUGCGUCCCAAUAUGCGAAAAAAAUUGCGUCAAUGGCUAUUGUUCAGCUCCAAAUGAAUGCAGCUGCAAUACUGGUUUCACUCAAGAUACAUUAGAUUCUUCUAUUUGUUACGAAAAUUGCGGUCCUGAUAUGGAUUUGAUCAAUGGAACCUGUGUUGUGUCUCUUCCACCAAAUCCGGAAAUGUCAUCAGGAACCACUACGGGGCUGGCGAGUAUGCAGAUGACAUGGAUAGUAGCAGGAGCAAUACUUCUACUACUGAUAGUGCUAGUACUGGUGGUAAUAAGCCGCCUCUACGCUAGGAAACUACCACAGAAGACACCUGACGAUAGUGACGAUGGUCACUACGGCAUCGGGAGCGUUGCGUACACCGUGCCGAACACUUUAUUCCGAAAAAGCGAUCUCACCGAAGAAGAGGAAACGAACGAUGCUCUCUUGGACAGAGGGACCAGUGCUGUUUAGUUAUUAUAAGUAUUAAAUUAGUUAUAUUCAACUUUUUUUCCUCCUCCUCGCUUCGUUCCCCCUCAGUGCUGAGGGUAGUCAAUCUUUUUUUAGAAGGCCCCUAAGAAUUGCCUUGUUGCCCCGGGUAGCAAGAUGAAAUUACUUAAAUGGCAAGGAUCUAUACCAGGAUUACAAGAUCACCUGACGGGGGAAAAUUUUACGUACAAAUAUUUAUUUCAGUAUCGGUAAAGCAUGUUGAUUCAAAAUGAAACGAAAUGUUGUUGAUGGGGAUUUUCAGAAAAAAAGUCCUUUGUUUUUUUUUUCGAAUUUUUUUUUAAUUUUUUCUUUAUUUUUUCGAAUCGCCAACAUGACCAUUGGAGAUCCGCGCCAAUGUAUUCAAUAGACAUCGUGAUUCUGAGUAGAAAUAACCCAAACGUUAAUGAUUUUCCGAACAAACUAAAUGGUACACUUUUUUUCUGAAAAUUCUUUAAUAGUAGUUAAACGUAAUUACUUAUAUAAGUAGAUUAUAUUAAGGGCCCCGGCAAGCUCGGUUCUCCAUACAAACUCAUUUUAAAACUAUUAGCUAGAUUGCUCUGAAACUUUGUACUUACAAUAGGAUAAGGUAUAUCUAUGCCUGUAAUUAGUUUAUGUAGCUUCUGAUACCAUAAUUAAAAAAAUACAGCAAAUUUAAAUUUUUCGUACAAAAACUUGUUUUUCUACUAUUCCGUUUGUUCUAUAAACUGGAGCUAUAUGAACUAAUUACAGACCUAGAUAUACCUCAUGUCAUUGUAUGUGCAAAGUUUCAUUACAAUCCAGCACGUAGUUUUAAAAUGAGAGCGGAACUACUUUUAAUAUGGGAAGGUGUAAUUCGGCCGAGCUUGC